AUGGUCUCCUUCGAUGUGACGUCGUUAUUCACGUCCUUCCCACCAAACGUGGCCCGCGACGUCUUGCGCAAGAGACUUGAAGAGGCGUACGAUGAGCCUCAGAAUGCACUUAGAAUUGAACAAGUCAUGAGGCUGUUUGAAUUCUGCCAACAAACUUCCUUCACUCUUGCGGGAGAGACCUAUGAACAAAUCAAGGGAACCCCAAUGGGCUCACUGGUCUCCAGUUUGGUGACAGAAAUGGUCCUACAGGAGUUAGAAAAGAUUGCCUUCCUCCAACAUGAACCAGUGUUUUGGCGCCGUUACGUUGACGACACGUUAGUCAUCGUAAAGACGGACAUGCUGCAACAUUUCCACAGCCUGCUCAACGCAGUCCUCCCCGAAAUACAAUUCACGAGGGAAGAAGAACAGGAACAGCAGUUGCCCUUCCUAGAUGUGCUCGUCAGACGAAACCUUGACGGUGAACUUGAAACGACGGUUUAUAGGAAGGCAACGAACACCACACAGCUUCUCCGUUUUCACAGCAACCAUCCGGUGGCUCACAAACGAAGCUGUGUGAAGACGCUCUUCAAACGGAUCCAAACUCAUUGCAGCAAACCGGAGGACAGAGCACGUGCGGCCCGUUAUCUCCGCGACCAGUUUGUGCAAAAUGGCUAUCCGAGGGCAUUCAUAAGUGGCUGCCUACACGGUCGUCACCAGAGAACUCGAACAUCAACGCCACCGACGGUAUGGCAUUCUCUGCCAUACAUUAAGGGUGUUUCAGAAGCGACCGAGCGCAUUGCCGCGGAGCUGGGUGUGGGAAUUGCACACCGCCCCAAAGCCACCAUGCGCAACAGGGUCAUGGAAAUCAAAGACCGGUUAAAACCUGAAGAGCAAUCUGGAAUAGUAUAUCGCAUUGCGUGUCAAAAUUGUCCUUGUAACUACACAGGACAGACUAGACUCAUGCUCACAUCGCGCAUACACGAACAUAAGCUGGCUGUGCGGCGAGGCGACGCAUUAUCACAAGUGGCCGCUCACAUCUACGAAAUGGGUCACGAGUUUAACUUCUCAGCCACCAAAAUAGUCGCCCACGCCGGAAAAAGGACAGGUUGA